AUGGGUUUCUUCUCAAAGUCCAAACCAGAAAUGGCCCGCGAGACCCCAAAGUCAGGCUCGAGCGACGGCGGUGCCUCUGACGCCGGCGGCGCAGCAUCGACAUCAGCGGAGCCCCAGCGCCCGGGCACGUCGGGCACGGAGAUGCUGCUCGUCAACAACCGGCAGCGGGCGUCGGUGCGCCUGCGCGACGCCCAGCGCAAGGAGCGCGCCUACAAGACCAAGAAGCGCUCCACGCAGGCCCGCGCCAACUGGACCGAGGCCAAGCAGCACUUCCGCGAGGGCUUCCACCACAACAUGAACGGCGUGCGCCUGUCGUGGCGCGUCGUCAGCUGCGUCGGGUACCUGUUCCGCGCAAAGAACGACAAGCUCAAGGCCGAGGCCGAGGAGAAGCGCAAAAUGCGCGCAGCAGACAAGCAGCGCAAGCUGGAGGAGAAGCUCAAGCGCGAGAAGGAGCUCGCUGAGAAGGGCGAGGCCGGCGAGGGCGAGGAGGGCGCGGCGAAGAAGGAGGGCGAGGGCGAGCCUGAGGCGGAGGCUGCGUAG